CGGCGGUUCUCAGUGGGCGGUCGUGCCGCCCGCCCAGUCGCGCCGCACUUUCGCGCGAGUCUCACUAACGAAAUCACAAAUAAAAAGUUUCAACUAGCUCAUUGAAUCGUGAACUAAACUGUGUUAAGUGUCACUCUGUGUAUUAAGGUGGAGUUUGCUGGAUUUUCUCAGUUUUCCUUUUUAAGAUCAUCCCAAGUGAGAUGCCAUGGAACGCGGCUUCGGCAGUGAGGUGACGUCACCACCCAGGAUGGAGCAGCGCACCUUCGACGGCACAGCAUGGGACGGCUAGGCUGAACUGACAGCUCAGAUACCCUCGACUCAUGGAGGUGAACGGGACGGAAGCGCGGGCCGAGGAGGCCGUGGCGCUCGCGCUUAGCGUCGCCGUCACCGUAGUCUCCGCCAUAGGAUUGCUGCUGAACGCCUAUAUAUUGUUCAUCAUUAUUAUUACUAAGCAGCCGGCAUCAGCAUCGUCAGUAUUGCUGGUACACCUGGGCGCGGUGGGCGCGCUCGCCAGCGGCGCCGCGCUGUGUGGUGGCGGCGGCGCGUGCGCCUGCAGCGCCCUACUGCACGCGCUGCACCCGCUGCAGCUGUGGACCGUUUGCGGCCUGCAUGCCGACCGCGCGGCCGCCAUUGCCGCACCGCUACAUUAUGCCGCUAUUGUGUCUGCCAAGAAGGUAAUGAUUUGCGUGGCGGGUGGCUGGGUGGCAACGGCAGCUCUUCUGGCCCCGCUAGCUGCGUCACAGCCGCCCCUGGCCUACAGCGCUGGGCUGGGCAAUUGUGCACCCGACUGUGGCGCCGGGCCGGCUGCGCUCGGGUUCUGCCUCGUGUACGCGUCGCUCACUCUGCUGCUGCCCGCAGCUCUUGUCCUUCUUUGCAGCCUAAAGAUCCUUCGCAUAGCUCGUUACCAUCGACAUAGGAUCGCGGCGGCUAUCUACGAAGUGACACUAUCAGCGCAAGUGACAGUCACACACCAAAGAAAUCCUUUCUCCCCUCCACCACCACCACGCCGAAGAGCUCUGUCGGCAGUUCUCCAGCCUCUCGGUUCGCUGGCUAUUUUGUACUUUCCAUAUUAUUGCGUAUUGAUAUGGCCUGCUGUGGCUGUGCCACCGCAGCCAAUAGCCGCUCUGUCAGCGGCUUUGCUAGCGGCUGCACCACCAGUUAACGGUAUUUUAUAUGGUAUUAGAAGUCGAGCGUUACGCGACUCUCUUCGUAAUUAUAGAAGGAAACGAAUGACUAAAAGCGAAGUUACACAAGAAAUACAAGCAAGGACUCCAAGCGCGUGUGGAUCACGUAGACCUUCUUUAUCCGCGGGGUCAGGAUGCAUACGACCGCCAACAACUAGGAGGUUGUCUGACGCGGCAGCGAUGGGGUCGCGAGGGUCGGAGCGGCCUGCCCAGCGGGCGGCGUCGUGCAACAUGCUACAGGACUCACAGGAAGAAGAGACUCCACGGCCACGCACGUCGGCCAUACCAAUCAUUCGCGCUCCGCCGCACGUGGUGCUGGGUCGUGCACUGGGGCUGGAGGAGAUGGGCGGCCGAGACCGGCGGCGGCGACAGUCUCCGCGCAUCACUGUGACGCGCGCCAUGUCUGACGAGAGCGAGUCGCCGACGCGGCGGCCGUUAUGCCGCCAGCAAUCGCGCUCGAGCGGCGCGCUGCUGGGUGGGCUGCCGUACUCGCCCGCCAUCUCCGAGCACGUGCACCUCGACAGCCACGCUGACGAACAGCUGCUGCUCACUUGGCCGCAGAAUGGCACUCACGACAAACACGACGCUUUAUAAAACGGGUAUUAAGCUUAGAGUAGUCGCUCAUGUAUGUGCGUAUAAAGACAAUAACUGUGUGUGUGUGUGGUUUGAAGUCAAAUGCUUCGGUGUUUUGAGAUGUUAUUUUUUAAUCGCUUCGUCCACCCGUGUCUCGACCUCCCCGGGCGGUGACCAAAUAUAUAAAGUUUCCUAUGACUAUUUACAACUGUAUCGUAGGCGUACGAUUUCUCCUACAGGGUUCCUCCAUAUCGUUAGCUUUACCUACUGAAGUAUUACUUUAGUGUAUCGUAAAGAUAAUUUCCGAAAUAUUCCAUAGGUUUAGUGAGAUAUGAGAUUUCGUUGUUUUAUUUUUUUUAUGAUCUGUUUUAUUUUUAAGAUUAAUGUCAAUAGUGCAACGCGUAGGAUCGAACCAGGUUUUUCUCCUGUGACGCAUCUUAACCGUUGGGCUGUUGUCAUUUUACUUGUAAAUUAAAUUAUUUUUAUUAAAAAAUAAAAAUUUAAGGAUUUAGUUACACAUGAACAAACGAAGCCAAAUAUAUUUUUAUAGUCUGCUUACCUUUCUAGUUGAUUGAUUGUAAUUUUAAAGCCAGUUAUUUAGAACAUCGUCAGCAUUUAUUUUUCGUCAAUGAGCCAGGUUCAUUGUACAUUUUCUGCCAACAUUGUGUACCUAGAUAAUAACGUAUAACUCAAUAUGAAUGGAAUAAUUGAAAUUAUACAAGCUGUUGAUUUGCAUCCGUGCCAUAUUCAAGGAGGUAAUUAUGCUAAUGAUUCUCGACCCAAAUCAAUAAAAAAAUUGGUACGUAA